CCCUUUUGCCACACAGACACAGAGUGUGUUGGAAUCACUGCAUGGAGACCUCAGAGACGCCAGUGGUUUGAGUCGGCUAUUUCAACUCCACGGGCAAACCCCACCGACAGAGGCAGUCGGAGGGAGACUGAUAACAUCUGAAGAUGAGUGAACAAGCUAUUUCCUUUGCUAAGGACUUCUUGGCUGGUGGUAUUGCUGCUGCCAUAUCCAAAACAGCUGUAGCCCCCAUUGAGAGAGUCAAGCUUCUACUUCAGGUACAACAUGCCAGCAAACAGAUCACAGUAGACAAGCAGUACAAGGGCAUUGUUGACUGCGUCAUCCGCAUCCCCAAAGAGCAGGGCUUCCUCUCAUUCUGGAGAGGGAAUCUAGCCAACGUCAUCCGAUACUUCCCCACUCAGGCCCUCAACUUUGCUUUCAAGGACAAGUACAAGAAGAUUUUCCUUGACGGCGUGGACAAGCGCACCCAGUUCUGGAGAUACUUUGCAGGUAACCUGGUGUCAGGCGGCGCUGCCGGAGCCACCUCAUUGUGUUUCGUGUACCCCCUUGACUUCGCCAGAACGCGUUUGGCUGCUGAUGUCGGCAAAGCUGGAAAGGAGCGUGAGUUCAAAGGCCUGGGAGACUGCUUGGUGAAGAUCAGCAAGUCUGAUGGCAUCAAGGGUCUGUACCAGGGCUUCAGCGUCUCCGUGCAGGGCAUCAUCAUCUACAGGGCGGCAUAUUUUGGCGUCUAUGACACAGCCAAGGGCAUGCUGCCAGACCCCAAGAACACACACAUUGUUGUCAGCUGGAUGAUUGCACAGACUGUAACCGCCGUCGCUGGCCUCAUGUCUUACCCCUUCGACACUGUCCGGCGUCGCAUGAUGAUGCAGUCUGGACGCAAAGGAGCUGACAUCAUGUACAAGGGGACCCUCGACUGCUGGAGGAAGAUCGCCCAUGACGAGGGCCCCAAGGCCUUCUUCAAAGGGGCGUGGUCCAACGUGCUGAGAGGCAUGGGCGGCGCCUUCGUGCUUGUUUUGUACGACGAAUUGAAGAAAGUCAUCUAAGUUAUUUUCAUAUGUCCACUGUUCAUGUUGUGAAGUUAAACUGUAACAUAUCUUGUACAUUUGAAGGGACUUAUAAAUACUGCACUAUAUGUAUAGGGACCAACAAGUUUUUUUCUACUAAAGUUGUAUUGGGGGAUCUGUUAACCACUCUUCUCUUGGCCCGUGAUUUUUCUUUUUGUUUUGUUUGCCCCUAACCAGAAUGUCAUUCCCUGUCACACAGGAACCUAACAGGAAAAAAUAAACAACCUACUGAGUGAA